UAACUAAUCAAAAGUGCAAAUACAGGAUCCAGGUAAUCUUGGCACACUAAUAAGGUCAUCUAUGGCAUUCAAAUGGGAUGUCGUCUUUCUUCUACAUGGCUGCUGUGAUCCCUUCAACGAAAAGGCGCUCCGAGCAGCUCGAGGAGCUUCCUUUCAGAUCCCCAUUAUUUAUGGAAAUUGGCUCCAUCUAGAGACUCUUACUAGCAGAUUCCAGAUGAAGAUACUGGCCGGGCAUCCAGAGAACCAUUGCGAAGAAUCAUCUAAUCAAACUUCUCCUCUGUCAUCUAAGUUCGCAGAUUCUCUCUCUGAUAGACCUCUCUGCCUUGUUUUAGGCAGUGAAGGACGCGGUCUCUCACAUCAAGCGUUGAAGUCAUGUGAACUUAUUGGCAUUCCAAUGGCAGGUUUGUCUGAGUCUCUAAAUGUUUCAGUUGCAGGUGGGAUCUUCAUGUAUAUGCUACAGCCUGAGAAAUAUAAGUAAUUUGUUUUUAAUAUUAUUUUUUUACUGUUGAUGAAAAUUACUUUCUAUUAUUUAUUUUCUUCCAAUUGAUUAAAUAUCAUUUUUUCUGUCUUAGCUGCAUAUUAUAUGUUUCUCAGUGCUUUUGUUAAAGCGAUUAA